AUGCUGAUACCACCUUAUAAGUCAGUUCAGGCUCUACGAGAAGAUGUAGAGUUGAAUUUGACAUUACAUCCUAAAAUACAAACCUUAAUUCAAUUAUUUCUUAAAUAUUUAAAAGAACCAAGAUAUCAAGCGCCAUUAACAGUAUCCGAAUUAUCCAAAUUAUUUCAUAAUUUUUAUCAAGAUUUAAAUGUAUUGGCAAUAGGAAUAUAUACACAAUCUAAUUCAACUAAGAAACUGUUGAUUUCAAAUUGUGAUUAUUUUAAUGAUAAUCCGAAAGUUUUUGAUUAUUUAUUGGCUAUUGCUAAUUAUAGCACUUCUGCUGUAAAAAUGUUGAAAAGAACCGAUGAUGACGCGUUGUAUCAAUUAAGGAUAUUUAAUUAUUAUAAGUUCUUGGUGAUAUUCCAAUCGAUACAUUUAGCACAAUUAGAACUUUUUAGUUCAGUUAGUUUAGGUGAUGAUGUGUCAUUAUAUGAACGGAUUUUCAAAUUUGAUCAAAAAGAUAUUAUAUAUCUGGAAUUUUUACAAGAAAAGUUAGAUAAGUUAAAGAGACUAGAAUUAUCAUUUAAACAUUUUAUCGAUCCAGAAUUAGGUGACCAAGGGAGUAUUGUGGAGAUAAUGGAUGAUAUUCAAUCAGAAGAUUUGUCAGCAUUACAAGAAAAUUUAUCAGAAUUGCGUCGAAAUGUGACUCCGUAUUCUAAAUUAGUAUCAAUUGUGAAUUUGCAUAAGAAUCUUAUUAAGUUAUUUGUGAGCAAGAAGCUCAAGAAUAAACAGAUUAAUAAUGAUUUAUUAUUACCUUCUUUGAUUUAUUUGUUGAUUUAUAAAUUAGAUAACAAAGAGCUUUAUUUAAAUUUCUUAUUUAUCAAGAAUUUCCUAAACACAUUGGACUCCAAUAUUAUAGAAUUAUAUCCAGUGGGUUUGAAUUCAUCAUAUAAUCCAAGUCAGGACCGUCCACCAACAACUACAACCAAAUGUAAGAAAUCAACAUUUAUAGAGUUUUUAAAUUUAACUGAGUCGGAUGUAAUUCCACAAAAGCAAGAUUUCCUUACCAAUGAUGAUUUUAAAUUCUUUGAGAAUGAUAAGGAAUUAAUAGCAUAUAUCAAUCAGAAUUAUUUAAACACCGGAGAAUUAUUUUAUUAUUUGACAAAUUUGGAAGCUAUCAUUGUAUAUUUAUCAAACACUACUAUAAAGGAACUUUUGGUGAAUAAUGAAGAAGCACAUCGAGUAAUCAAUAGUGACAUGAGAAAGAGUCGUGUCUUGAAUUAUCCUAUUUCAGCUUUAGUGGAUGAAGAAUUAAUGUCCCAUUUCCAAUUUCCAGAAGGAGAACUAGCUGAGGAAAUUAAGCAGAAGGAGGAAACCAAAGAAGCAACUAAUAGGUCCAGAUCAUCUUCUUUCCUUAGUACAAUUACUCACAAAAUCAGCGAAACUCGUUCUAGAUCCAAUAGUUCAUUAAAACAAAAGGAAACUUUCCCUAGUUUGGGAAAUGAUGAUGCCAGCGAGAAAACUGGAUUCGCCAUGAUGAAGAAUAUAUUGGAAAGAAUUGGUUCUGUCAGUAUACUGCAAGUUCAAAAUCCACUCACUCAUGUUGAUCAGGAAAAUGAGGCCAGAAAUGUUACCAAUACCUCAUUAAUCACGCCUCAAAAGAGAUCCAACACCCUUAUGAGCAGAAUAUCUCCAAGCCAUACAAGAACUCGUUCAUCAUCUUUGGAAACAGGUUUAGGUAGUCAGAAUCCGUUUGCUAGUUCCAUACAUACCCAUGCAAAGAAGAAUUCAAUCUCAUCAAGAUUUACUACGGGAGUUUCUGAAUUUAUGACGAAAUUGAAUGCGCCACUGCUGACACCUAAUUUACAUCAUGAACAGAAUAUUUCUAACAGUUCAUUACAUACCAUUGAAAAUGGUGACUCACAGGGCCCUACUGACUCGUCAACUGCAAAGAUAGAGGGAGGUAGAAGUAGAACAACCAGUCUUCAAAUCUUAGAUAAAUGGUUUAAUAACUUGAAUGCAAAUGCACCAGCUAUCCAACCAGUGCUUGCUCCACAACAGUCGCCAACUCAAGUACAACCAAAACCAAAAUUAGAAGCAUUAGCUACAAAUCAUGAAGAACUGGUUGUUGAUGUGUAUGAAUUGACCAAAUAUCAAAACCUUGAAUUCGAUACUCUUACGAUCAAAGAAAUUCGUGAAUUAAAAGGAUAUUAUGAUCAAUUAUGUACCGAUUUGCUAUCUACAUAUUCAAAUAGUAAUGGAGGAUAUGAAAAUAAUGGGAAAAUAUUUAUCAAUAGUAGAAAUAAUUCAAUUGAUAAAACAGGUAGUAAUAGUAAUAAUAGUAGAAAAAAUUCUAUUGAUAAAUUAUUGAUUGAUAAGAUUGAUAAUGCUGAUACUACAAGUAAAGCAGAAUCAAUUGAUUCUAGUGAGAAGUUGGGUAAUAUUACUGGUCCAGCAUCUUGCGAAGCUAGUUUAUAG